AUUAUAGGAAUCAGGAAGCAGUGAAUUUUAGGCUUAAAGAGCGGCACCGUCUUGUUCAGGCUUGGAGGUCAGAUAUCCAGACAGAGCUAAACGCAAGUAUUAGAGAGACUGCUUGUUUGGAGGAGAAAGUGAGACAAUUGGAAUUUGCCUUGAAACAAACAGAGAGACCUCUUAGGGUUGGUACAGACUGUUUACAGUACAGGUCUGCUAGGCAAGGAAUAGAUUUAGUGAAAGAUGAGGUGGAAGUAUCCUUAGACAAAGAAAUCUCUACAAUCAGGGUUUUCCAAGAGCAGAUGAGAGACAAACUAGAUUUAGCAUCUUCGCAGAUAGAUUCGAAUAUACGAAAACAGGCACAGCUUCAGGAAGAUCUGGACAAUAAGGAUAUGACCCAGGAUAUAGAUAGUACUUGCCGGGAGCUGAACAAUCUUUCUAAAAACAUUCAAAUCCAUGCUGGAAUAGAAAAGUUGGAUGCAAACGGAUCAGAGCCGGAGUCCUGGAGAAAAUAUAGCUUGAAAAACAGAGAGGAGUCCCAAGCUUCCAGAGCUUUGUCUGCGCAAGUUCGGCUCGACAUUGAAAAUCUUUUGAAUGCCGCGUGUAGUGAAAUGGUUUCACACUGGAAUAUUACAAACCAGGCUUUUAAACAGAGAAUUCAAGAAUGUCAAGAAACUCAUAAACAACUGCAAACCAAGUUGAACUUAGUGAACAAGGAGAUCAUUGACCUGGACACUCAUGUUAACAAGAUAAAAACUGCGAUACGAGCAAAGGGUGGUCCACUUAAAGUAUCCCAGACACGGUUGGAGAAACGAAGCCACAGGCCUGAUAUUGAGAAUUGUUCUGAUUCUCCUCACCUGAAUCUAGUGAAGGAAGUGACCCAAAUUCAAGAGAACGUGGAUAAACUGAAUGAGAUGCUGAAUGAGGCCCAGGAAGCUCGAGCUGACCUGCUCAAUAAUAAACUGGUUCUAGAGAGGGAUUUACAGAUUAAAACUAUCAGCCUCAGGAUAGAUGAGCAAAAGUGUCUGGCUGCCAGGAGUAGGUUCCCCUACCAGACAAAGUGCGAUGUUGCCUCGAAGAACCCAGUCUAUUAUUAUGUUUACUAUAAUAUUGUAUAACACAGAUAUUUUCAUUUUUAAAACAUGAUUUGUAUCAAAUUGAACUAAAAGAGAACAUUAAAGUAUAAAUUAUUUUGUUUAAAGGGAGUGUUCCCGAAAAAUUAAAGGGGGUUUAGGCUUACGGCGAAAAAGU